AGAAAACCGAAACGAUGAAGACAGUUGCUGCUAAGGACACCCCCCAGCGCUUGGGUGUCGGUAUCUCUGUCCUGGCCAUGAGCGGCUGGCCGCACAAAAAGAAAGAAGCGCAGUUAGAAACCUCGGGGCGGUGGCGGCCGCUAGUUUCCAGCUAAUUUGUGCGGGAUUUUUUCAAACCCCGACAAUCGGGAUAAUAGUUGAAGGCCCAAACCCGAAAAGGCGACAACCCAAGUUGCCGCGCGCGAGGUCCCAAAACAAGCACGAGAGGGGCUUCAGGACAAGAAAAAGAAAACAACGAGAAGCAGGCCGCCUCCUACACAUGGAGCAUGGCAACGCCGGCAAUCUCACACAGGACGAAUUCCCACAAAACAAAACCCCAAAUCCCAAAACCGCCCGAGAAGCAAAAGCACCCGUCGAACACUCCACCCAGUUGCACCCAUACGAAACACCCCCCGCGGGCGGCUAUUUUCGCUGCUAAUUCUGCGGCUAAUUUUGUUUCUAUUUUUGGGCUUUAUUUUCGUUUCUAAUUUUGCUUCUAUUUUCGUACUCUAAAUCAUGUUCUAUUUUCGUACUAUGAGUCAUGUUCUAUUUUUGGGCUCUAUGUCGUAUUCUAUUUUGGCUUCUAAAUCGUGCUUCUAUUUUGCUUUCUAUUUUUUGCGGGAUUCGCAUGCUCGAGCGGCUGCUUUUCAACUUCUAAAUUCGCGCUUUGGAGGAUUUCCUUUGGAAAUCUCCAGCGUCACGAAAAAUAGAAGUUGGGAAGACAGCGGCCGAGCACGCGAAUCCCGCAGAAAAAUAGAAAGCAAAACAGCGAGCACGUUUAGAAGUCCAAAAUAGAAUACGACUCAGAGCCCAAAAGUAGAACGCUUUCGAAAAGCCCAGCGGCAAUGGCUUUGCGAAAGAACGAAACAGGGAUAGGGUGCAGGGAUUUCAACAUUGGCCACACGGCCCAGGUCUUCACAACCCAAGCCGAAAAUCCGAGGGCCCCCAUGAAAAUCAGACCACAAGCGCUGCCCUCCACCUUCGGGGCCACCCGGGUACGAAAAUACCAAAGAAGCCCCCAGGGCGUUCGAAAUUCCGAAUCCCCUGCAAGCGGCCCUAAUUUUUAAAUUUUAACUCCCGUCGUGGCUUUUCAUGGAAAAACACACGCGGGGCCAACGGGGGGAUUUGACAAAAACCCGGCCCCCCGGGCGCGGUGGAAAAGGGCGGAACCCUGCGGGCCCGGGAAACUUCAGCGCCCGGGGACGAAAAGCACCGCCCACCCUAAGGGCUCCGGGGAAAUCCCGCACAAAUUAGCUGGGAUCUAGUGCCUCCCGCGGCCCGCGGGCUCUCUGACUGAAGAAGCCGAAGCCAUGAAGGCGCUUGCUUUUAAGGACACCCCCCAGCGCCUGGGCAUCUCUGUCCUAGGCAUCAGCGGCUGGGAGCACAAAAAGAAAAAAGAAAACCGAAAGAAACCAAGAAGACAGCUGCUGCGAAGGACACCCCCCAGCGCUUGGGUAUCUCUGUCCUGGCCAUAAGCGGCUGGCCACACAAAAAGACAGAAGCCGAAACCAUGAAGACAGCUGCUGCUAAGGACACCCCCCAGCGCCUGGGUGUCUCUGUCCUAAGCAUAAGCGGCUGGGCACACAAAAAGAAAGAAGAAAACCGAAACCAUGAAGACAGUUGCUGCUAAGGACACCCCCCAGCGCUUGGGUAUCUCUGUCCUGGCCAUAAGCGGCUGGCCGCACAAAAAGAAAGAAGCCGAAACCAUGAAGGCGCUUGCUUUUAAGGACACCCCCCAGCGCCUGGGCAUCUCUGUCGUAAGCAUCAGCGGCUGGGCGCACAAAAAGAAAGAAGAAAACCGAAAGAAACCAUGAAGACAGUUGCUGCUAAGGACACCUCGUCCCAGCGCUUGGGUAUCUCUGUCCUGGCCAUAAGCGGCCGGCAGCACAAAAAGAAAGAAGCCGAAACCAUGAAGACAGUUGCUGCGAAGGACACCCCCCAACGCCUGGGCGUCUCUGCCCUAUCUAAGCAUAAGCGGCCGGGCGCACAAAAAGAAAGAAACAAACCGACAGAAACCAUGAAGAAGGUUGCUGCUAAGGACACCCCCCAGCGCUUGGGUAUCUCUGUCCUGGCCAUAAGCGGCAGGCCGCACAAAAAGAAAGAAACCGAAACCAUGAAGACAGUUGCUGCUAAGGACACCCCCCAGCGCCUGGGUGUCUCUGUCCUAAGCAUAAGCGGCUGGGCGCACAAAAAGAAAGAAGAAAACCGAAAGAAACCACGAAGGCAGCUGCUGCUAAGGACACCCCCCAGCGCUUGGGUAUCUCUGUCCUGGCCAUAAGCGGCUGGCCGCACAAAAAGAAAGAAGCCGAAACCAUGAAGACAGUUGCUGCUAAGGACACCCCCAAGCGCCUGGGUGUCUCUGUCCUAAGCAUAAGCGGCUGGGCACACAAAAAGAAAGAAGAAAACCGAAACCAUGUAGACAGUUGCUGCUAAGGACACCCCCCAGCGCUUGGGUAUCUCUGUCCUGGCCAUAAGCGGCUGGCCGCACAAAAAGAAAGAAGCCGAAACCAUGAAGGCGCUUGCUUUUAAGGACACCCCCCAGCGCCUGGGCAUCUCUGUCGUAAGCAUCAGCGGCUGGGCGCACAAAAAGAAAGAAGAAAACCGAAAGAAACCAUGAAGACAGUUGCUGCUAAGGACACCUCGUCCCAGCGCUUGGGUAUCUCUGUCCUGGCCAUAAGCGGCCGGCAGCACAAAAAGAAAGAAGCCGAAACCAUGAAGACAGUUGCUGCGAAGGACACCCCCCAACGCCUGGGCGUCUCUGCCCUAUCUAAGCAUAAGCGGCCGGGCGCACAAAAAGAAAGAAACAAACCGACAGAAACCAUGAAGAAGGUUGCUGCUAAGGACACCCCCCAGCGCUUGGGUAUCUCUGUCCUGGCCAUAAGCGGCCGGCCGCACAAAAAGAAAGAAACCGAAACCAUGAAGACAGUUGCUGCUAAGGACACCCCCCAGCGCCUGGGUGUCCCUGUCCUAAGCGUAAGCGGCUGGGCACACAAAAAGAAAGAAGAAAACCGAAACCAUAAAGACAGUUGCUGCCAAGGACACCCCCCAGCGCUUGGGUAUCUUUGUCCUGGCCAGAAGCGGCCGGCCGCACAAAAAGAAAGAAGCCGAAACCAUGAAGACAGCUGCGGCGAAGGACACCCCCCAGCGCCUGGGCAUCUCUGUCCUGGCCAUAAGCGGCUGAGCACACAAAAAGAAAGAACGAAACCGAAGCCAUGGAGACCGUUGCUGCUAAGGAAACCCCCCAGCGCCUGGGUAUCUCUGUCCUGGCCGUAACCGGCUAGCCGCAAAAAAAGAAAGAAACCGAAACCAUGCAAACGGUUGCCGCGCGCUAAUGACACCCCCCGGCGCGCGGGUAUCGGUGCCCUGGCAAUGGUCCGCCAGUAAGAGGAAGAAAGCAAGGAGCAGAACCUGCUGAGACUCUGAAUAAAACAGACGCCGCCAGUGGGGCCCUCCGCGGCUUGGGUAUCUCUGUCCUGUCCAUAAGCGGCUGGCCGCACGAAAAGAAAGAAGCCGAAACCAUGAAGACUGCUGCUUCUAAGGGCAACCCCCAGCGCCUGGGUAUCUCUGUCCUGGCCAUAAGCCGCUGAGCACACCAAGAGAAAGAACGAAACCGAAACCAUGGGGGCAGUUGCUGCUAGGGGCACCCCCCUGCGCCUGGGUAUCCUAUCUCUGUCCUGGCCGUAACCGGCUAGCCGCGCAAAAAGAAGGAAACCGAAACCAUGAAAACAGUUGCCGCUAAGGGCGCCCCCCUGCGCGCGACUAUCUCUGUCCUGGCGAUGGCCCGCCAAUAAGGGGAAGAAAGCAAGGGCCCGAACCUGCGCAGACUCUGAACAAGACGGGCGCCGCUAGUGAGGCCCUCCAGCGCCUGGGUGGGAGGGUAUCUCUGUCCUGGCCAUAAGCGGCUGGCCGCACAAAAAGAAAGAAACAAACCGAAACCAUAAAGACAGUUGCUGCGAAGGACACCCCCCAGCGCCUGGGUAUCUCUGUCCUCGCCGUAACCGGCUAGCCACACACAAAAAAAGACCUACAAGGAACCAAAACCAGGAAAACCGUUGCCGCUAAGGACACCCCCCAACGCGCGGGGCGGGCCUCUCUGUUCUGGCCAUGAUGGCUCAGGCUGCCGGCCCCGGGCAAGCUGCCCGGUUUUAAAUUGGUUUGGAAAAGCAUUAAUGUAAAAGCGGGAGGGGGGCCAAACAAAUGCGCCAGAAUGUCGGGGCGAAUGGCCAGGGGGAAGACGCGGCACACUGCCCAAACAGACAGGGGGCGAACGCAGCCGGUGGCUGCGGCCGCGCGAGGACAACCGGGGCCGACUGCCUGCGGGCCCAUCGCGCCCAAGUCUUCUGCGCCCGACCAUGCAACGGAAACAGGACCCAUCAACAAAAUGGGGCAAACCAAGACCCCCCAGGGGUCUUUGCAACAUACGCAACACAACGGGGCGACGCUGGCAUAGCACCAAACGGAAACCCAAGGCAAAGCCCACAAAGAAUCACGACAAGACACGGCAGGGGCCACAAGGGAUGCGCCGCAAAAACCUAUCCAACAAAAACGGCGCCCAAAAACAAAAGCCCCGGGCCACCCUGGUUUUUGUGCAGCCCACGCCGAAAACACUGCGAACGUUCUGGCUUCUCCAGUUUGGGUCUCCACGGUGAUUAUUGUGUUAGUUUGUGGCUUAAAUUUUGUUUAAUUUGUGGUUUAAUUUUGCAUUAAAAUUUGCAUUAAUUUGUUGGGGGUGCGAAAUCCCUAAGGAUUCGCCUUGUUUCUAAAUUAGUGCAGCUUUUAUAUGGGGGCGACUGGGCAAGUCACCGUAAAAAAAUCAAAAUUUUUUUGCAUUCAAGAAGUGGCCACCUAAAUGAUCACGAAAACGGCCUCGAGUCGCCACCUACUUCGCUGCUCCGGAACCGACGUCGUCAGGUGAGCUACGCUGAAGAGCAUCCAAAUGAGAACUAGCUAGGAGCUCCAACUUGAGCUAGCUAGUUUAAGCAUGUGGAAACGCAUUCAAAAGGUGCUGGCUUAACGCAAUGCAAGCAGCUGCUGUGGUGAUUGGUAGGCAUUUGGCGGCCCGGCUGUCGCGUCGGGCGGUGUAGAGGUCCCUGCACCACCUGGCACCAACCGAGGAAGCAAGCGGAAUGCCUGAAAGUGGCACACUUUUUGGAUUGUCCUGUCACAUGUGGAAGCUCUCAAAACAGAGGUUUUUUUUGCGGGUCGUUCAAAUCGCCAAAAAAUGAGGUGCGGCGGGACCUCAUUUUGAACCUCAAACGAAAUCCAUCACACCAUCGCGAUUAGCUUGCAAAAGUGAGGUCCUAAACGAGGUCACGAAAUGACCUCCGAGAGGAAGCCUGCCAUGCGGGUUAGUAAAAACCCGCCGCACCGUCGCGAGUCGCCACUUUUUAAAAAAAGCAGAUGCGUUCCUUUAGCAUCUCCUUGAUUUCGCUGGUUCCGCCGGUCUCCAGAUACUCCGGAACGGCGUCACCCCCCGACAGCCGGGCCGCGCGUUGCCCUUCAGUGGCCUCCUGUUUGGCAUUCGAUUUGAGGCUGUUUGCAGUCAUCUCACCUAUACCUAGAGUCGACCUGAGCUACCUAUUUCAAGUUGGAGCCUCUAGCUAGUUUUGAAUUCCAUAUCACCAUCGACAGCUGGCUCCGGAGACGCCCGCGACACCUGUUCUGGAAACGCGAAACCGCGCGGCACGGUGGUGGUUCUAGUUGCGAUUAUUUCAUAAAUGCAAAAAAAUUUUGAUUUUUUUACGGUGACUUGCCCAGUCGCCCCCAUAUUUUAUUGCAAAUUUUAUUGCAAAGAUUAUUGCAAAAAUUAUUGCAGAGGUCAGGCCGCGGGAUCUUGCAAAAAGCAUCGCAAGUCCUGCCGCCUCCUCUGCAAAAACCCUCGGCCCCUUCUGAACCAUAAGAGCCCCACUACCAAGCAAGGGCCACAGGUUGGGCCGGGAUCGGCUUCCCGGUACCGGCGGGCGACACCCUGCCCCCACGGGCCCCUUGGGAAAAAACAAGGCAAAACCAAGGCCCCGGGCCGAGAAACACGACCACGAAAGCGCCACCCGAGAAGCAACCCGGCGAAACCCGUCCCCGGCGGCAAGCCGGACGAUUUCGGCAAGACAAAUGGAAGGCCUGCGCCCUCGCGGCGGACACAGAAGCCAAAGGCGGCACCCAUUGGCCUAGGGAACAAAAGGACAGGGCCUCCGGGCUCCAUUAGUUUCCCCCCUGGGGGCACCGCGCGGCGCCCUUCGGGAUUUCCGGAAAGCAAGUCCCUGCCCAAUCAAUACACAAAGCCAACGGGGCGAAACCCGGCGCAGCUUUUUGGUUAGUGCUUAUUUACGCUGAUUUUAUUGGCCCGAAUUUGCCCGGGGCUGGCUGGCUGAGAUGGCCCGCUAGUUAGAGGCAGAAAACAAAGGGCAGGACCUGCAGAGACUCCGAAUGAAACGGGCGCCGCUAAUGAGACCCCCCAGCGCCUCCCUGGGUGGGCAUCUCUGUCCUGGCCAUAAGCGGCUGGCCGCACGAAAACAAAGAACGCAACCGAAACCAUGAAGACUGUUGCUGCUAAGGACGCCCCCCAGCGCCUGGGUAUCUCUGUCCUGGCCGUAACCGGCUAG